UAGUGGUGUUUUUCGUAAUAUUUUACUUGAAAAAAUUAACAACUCAAAAAAUUCCUCCGAAUGGAUUGAUGCCGCUUCCCGAACCACCGGGAAAAAUGCCGUUAAUUGGACAUGCAUUAGUGGCUGCUUAUGAACUUCAUCUAAAAUGCUUUGAAUGGCAAAAAACGCUUGGCGAUAUCUUCAUGCUACAUGUUGGGAAGAGAACUGUAAUCAUUUUGAACAGCCAGAAACACGUUAGUGAACUACUUCAAAAAAGAGGUGUAAAGUAUUCGUCUAGAUCACAUAGCUUUCUAUUCUGGGAAACUUUUGGGCGUAAACAUGAUUACAUCGCGGCACCAUAUAAUAAAUGGUUCAAGAAAAUAAUGCCAUUAGUACACGGAUUAUUUAGCCAACAAAAAAUCGAAGAUUACUUGGACUUUAUCUACGAAUGUCGUUACGAAUUACUAAAAAUCUUAGCUGAAGACUCAUUGUCAGAAACCAAUGGAUUUUUUCCACGUGAUCAAUUUCAUUAUACGACACUCAAUGUAAUACUUAACAUAGUCUUUGGCACAAGAACAAAAGGAAUGACCGAUCCAUUAUACAAAAAAAGUUGUCGAAAUCGGUGGUUGCAUAAACGUGCUAACGAUACAGCAAGUGAAUUUGAAUCGGUGAUGGGAAUAUUUCUGGAAAAAGUUAAGAAUAGUGAUUAUGGUCGUGACGAGGAUGGAAAAAUGAUGGGGGAUUCUUGCUUAGCCAAAGAUUUAUUGAAACAAGUAGACAAAGGUGUUAUUUCUGAACUGGAAGAAACAACUGCUGCGACAUUGACUGCUCUUAUAGCUGCUGUAUCUAAUGAUGCUGAAAUUCAAGCUCGAGCACAUGAUGAGCUUGAUCGUGUAGUAGGAAGUUCUCGUCUUCCUACAUAUAAUGACUUGGCAUCACUUCCAUACAUUCGUGCAAUAACAAAAGAAGUUUUGCGAUGGGCACCUCCGCUGGUAAUGGGAAUUCCUCACGUUAUUGAAGAAGACGAUGAAUACAUGGGCUACCAUAUUCCUAAAAACAGUAUAGUGGCAAUGAAUAUGUACGCGUUAAAUUGGAACCCGUCCCGAUUUUCAAACCCCAGUAAAUUUGAUCCGGAUCGGUAUUUGGGCGUAAAAGAGAGCGCAGCUACAUUAGCACAAGGAGUUUCUGAAAAUCGUGAUCAAUUUUCUUUUGGAGCUGGGAGAAGGCUUUGUCUUGGCACUCGUUUGGCCGAAGCAGAGCUUGAAUUAUUUUCUGCUUCUAUUCUCUGGGCUUUUAGGAUUGAGCGCCCUUCUACAGAAUUGAAGCCUAUUGAUUUAACGAGCUUUGUACAGUUUGGAAUUGCGCAAUGGAUUAAACCUUUUAAC